AUGCAUCCCGAGCUCUCCAUAUUGAAUGCCGAGUCGUAUCAUGACGGCAGUGCAUCCUCCUUCCGAGCCCCUCGCAGCCUGCCCCCUCGACCGACACCAACGCCUUCCACGCCCGGCGCCGACGAAGGCCGCACGCGAUCUCAUCGUGCGUCGCGCCACGGCACCAAGAGGUCCAUGACGCAAGCGGUUGAUGCUCUCGACGACGGCGAUAUGCCGGACAAGAAGAAGAGAGGAAGACCCAAGCUCGACACGGAUGACCAGACCGCCCAAGAUCGCCGCCGCACCCAGAUUCGACUCGCCCAGAGGGCCUAUCGAAACCGAAAAGAGACGGCUAUUCAGACGCUCGAGAAACAGGUCGAGGAACUGAAACAGAACAACGAGCAGAUGAGCAAUGCAUUCAUGCGUCUCUACGACUACGCCGUGGCAGACGGGCUCCUCGAGUCCCUGCCCGAGUUCGGGCGCCAGCUGCAGGCCACGACGGAAACCUUUCUUGCCAUCGCGCGCAGCUCGAGCGAGGACAAGCAGCCGCCGGCGGGGCCUGGUCACGAUUCUGAGGAGGGAAACACGGGCAGCCCCGGCAGCGGUUCCGAGAAGCGACGGAACGUCUCCGGCUCGCCCGACGUGGCCGCCGCCCAUGAGCACACAAACGCUAGCCAGCCCAUCCUCAUGGCCGGCCUCAUUGUGCAUCACGAGCCAGAGGCGUCAUUCGACGAGCCGGCGGAAUCGGACGUGUCCGUCUGGAGGCACAACACCCUCAAGGCAGCAUCAUCAUCAUCGGCGCCCGCAUACGAAAUCGUCACACAACCUACCGUGCAUAAUGCAAGCUUCCCUUUCGGUACGUCUUCCUCGCCGCCGGCCGAGACCCUCGCCGCCUCCACCACCCUUCUCUUCCCAACGCCAAAUCCGGGCUUAUCCGGCCAUCUGACGCUGGCCCCCGGCGGCGUGCCCGCGCUGUCGUCUCCGCCGUCGCUCUCCUAUCAAGAACGCACCUUUGGUCGGCGGCUGCAGCGCAGGGCGGUGGAGCAGGCGGUGCGCCUAUUUUCCAUGCCUAACCCGCCGCCGGAGGCAGUCGCCGGCGUCUUCGGCUUCUGCCUGCUCUUCGAGAGCCGAGAACGCAUCAUUGAGCGCCUUGCUAACUGCCUCAGUGUGAACCAACGCGAGACGCUCAGCAAUUGGCGUCAUCCCUUUCUACAUCUCGGCGGCGCGGGCACCUUUUUCCAAGAUCUGAACGAAUUGGACAGUGUUUCGCUCGAGACAGACAUGAAAGAGAAGGGUGCAGGCCUGGAACACGGCAAACCGGGCCUGACACGGCCGCGCCCUCUGGUGGGAAACGAGGGAACUGAUGAACCGAAUCGCAGUAAAAUCGCGAGGGACUCGAACUUCGGCCCCGGACCGUGGAGCCCGGCUGUCGAAGAGACGAGAGACCUGCGUGUUGACCACCGACUUCGCAUCUCGUCGCCCGGCUUCGAAGGCGACUUUUUCGACUGCGACGAAGUCGAGUGGUACCUGCAACAACGAGGCAUCGUCAUUCCCCCAGCUGCCGACUUUGUGUCGGCUGACAUUGAUGAUUCGACGCUCGGCGCCCCGACUCAGGCCCCUCCGGACUCGACUGCUGUCGACAAGUCGACCGUCUGGCUCUCGGGCGACGCUGGUACUGUUGGGUCGAGCCUGGCCCCAACACCGGCCACCAGCUCGGAUACCUGGUCAGGCCCUACCGUCACGGGGGAAGAGGAAAUCGCAGCCCUGCUCGCGGCGCCGUUGCCGACGCACCACCUCAUGGAUGGGACGGUACCCGUGGAUCCAAUGCUGUAUGAUCUGUCGCAGCGGGUUUCGACCAAGACGGCAACGCCGCGCAAGAGACGAGUCAGCAUAAACGUUGAAAUACUGGUGGAACUCUAUUGUCUAACACGGGCCGCAUCGGAUAGAAAUAAGGCUGAGGAGCUAAGGAUAUUCAAGGCUCGAGACGGUUGA